CCAGCAACCUCAGGCCAUAAACCCUAGUUUACAGAGCGAGUUCUGGCGGGUGUUGUGAUUCACCAACUAUAAAAACGGCCUCGUUCUUCUUCUUCUUCUUCUUCUUCAGUAACAGAGAGAAGCCAUGAAGCUCGACGUUAACGUUCUCAGAUAUCUUACGAAAGAUGAUUUUAGGGUUCUCACUGCCGUCGAGAUGGGAAUGAGAAACCAUGAAAUUGUACCAGCAGAGCUCAUCGAUCGAAUCGCUGGUCUCAAGCAUGGAGGCACAUACAAAGUGUUGAAGAACUUGCUCAAACACAAGCUGGUGCAUCAUGACUCCUCAAAAUACGAUGGGUUUCGGCUGACCUACCUAGGAUAUGAUUUUUUAGCUAUUAAAACCCUGGUUAACAGAGGCGUUUUUGUGUCCGUUGGUCGCCAAAUAGGCGUUGGAAAAGAGUCAGAUAUAUUUGAAGUCGCUACAGAAGAUGGCACAGUGUUGGCAAUGAAAUUGCACAGGCUAGGCAGGAUCUCUUUCAGGGCUGUCAAAUCUAAGCGUGAUUAUCUGAUGCAUCGCAGUAGUUAUAACUGGCUCUACCUAUCACGGCUUGCUGCACUCAAGGAAUUUGCCUUUAUGAAGGCGUUAAAAGAGCAUGGGUUUCCUGUUCCAGAUGCUGUAGAUUGCAAUAGGCAUUGUGUAAUUAUGUCGCUUGUCCAAGGUUAUCCACUCGUACAGGUAAAGCAAUUGGAAAACCCAGACACUGUUUUUGACACAAUUGUUGGUCUUGUUGUUCGUUUGGCAGAACAUGGUCUCAUACACUGUGACUUCAAUGAAUUUAACAUUAUGAUCAAUGAUAAUGAGGAGGUUACAAUGAUUGAUUUCCCUCAAAUGGUUUCUGUUUCGCAUCGCAACGCACAAAUGUACUUUGAUCGUGAUGUUGAAUGCAUUUACAAGUUCUUCAGUAGAAGAUUCAACCUUUGUUAUCAUGAGGAUUCCGACGAGGAUGACGGAUCAGGAUCAGACUCUGAAGAAAAUGGUAGGCCCUGCUUCUCUUCAAUAGCGAAAUCUACUGGUUUUCUGGACAAGGAACUUGCUGCCAGCGGGUUUACAAGAAAUGCUCAAGAUGAGAUUGAAAAGUUCAUUGAGGGAGAGAAUGAGCAGGACAUUGCAAGUUCUGACAAUGAAGAGAAUGCAGAAGAAGGAUACGUUCCUGAUGAACACAAUAAAACUAGUGUCAAUAAUCUGGAAUCCUUGCAUUUGGAUGAGCACAACAUGGGUGCCGAUGAUGAAAUGGAGGAGAAGCACUGUUCUCAUAAAGUCGGUCAUAGCAAUGACACUGAAUCUUUGGAAACAAGUGAGAAGUGUGAACACAUCGUGAAUUGUGACACCGAGAGUGACAUGGACAAGAAUCAAGCCAGUGGCAGCAAUGAACCUGAAACUUUACAAACAAGUGAAAAGGAGGAUAACGAUGACAGUGCGGAAGGCGAUGUUUUGCUGUUGAAGCGUUUGAAUAAGCAGAGGCGAAGGGCAGUAGCAGCUGCUCAGGGCAGUCGGAAGGUCUUUGCCUCUAGAAAUUCCUACAAGGACAAGGGUGGCAAGAGCUCCCACAAUUCCAAAAUCCAGAAGCAACUAAACACAUGGUGAUCAGAGAAUGCUACAAAGGGGAAUGCAUAGAACCAGCUAUCAAUGCUCCCACAAACACAGGACAAGGAAAUAGAUUUUGCCUUGUUUUUGCUGUGGCAGUUGAGGGGGAUACUCCAUACCAAUUUUGUUUAGUUAGGUUUGAGUCACAAACGGGCAAAUGCUUACAGCUGGCCUGAAAAAAGGAAGAAUUUGAGGCAUUUGGGUGUGAGAGAAAUUUUUGUCCUCAGUGGGGGGAAAUAGCAUUUUCAUUACCUGUAUUUAUAACCUAUCAAAAUAUUUUUAAGACUGCAUGGGCAAACGAUACCAAUGAAUUGAAUAAAGUCUUCCUAAUAGUUUGAUCUU